AAUUGACAGACCAGAUCACGAACAUGCUGUCAGCAACCUUCACUCCGCUUAAGCAGCCUUCAAAGUCAGUCUCGCUUGAAAACUCAGUCCUCGUCCUCCCGGCCAUCUCCAUUGCCAAUGUACCCCAACUCGCCGUCGACCUGCUCAUCCAUACCCUCGCAUUGCCGUUGAUCGGCCGCCUGGACGACCGUUAUCUCACCCCAUUUGUAGGCGCUCGUGAAGAUCCGAAGGGAGAGCAGGGCGUUUGUACGGCAUUGGAGGUGUAUGGGAACGGGAAGAUCACUGUCAUCCAACAGAGAGCACCGACAUUGCCUCAUGCGAGGAAGCUCUUCAUCGAGCAGGUUUUGUUGAGGUUCAUCAAGGAGAAUGGAUUUUCAAGGGUCGUUUGCGUUACGAGUAUGGAUGCGACGAUGAGGACGGAUGCCGAUAUCAGAGGCCCAAGAUUCGUUCACUACCCAACAAUUUCAUCACUAUCACUAUCAGAAGAGCCGGCCCUCCCUUCACUCCCGUCAUCCGGUAUUACCAAAUCUCUGGUCAAGAUGUCCCGGGAUCAAGGCAUUAAAGUCGAGGUGGUUGGUAUGUGGGUCAUGGAAGGAGAUAACACUGGUGAUGCGGAAGAGCUUGCCGGUGCUAUUCUAGAUGCACAUGAGAAGGGAGAUGCAAGCGCUCCAGAGGCACCGCAAGGGGGAAGGACUUGGGUGAGGCCGGGGAGCUGGAAGGGGUUGUUUGGCGAAGAACUGGUGGUGGGGCACGAAGGCGGAAUGUUCUGGUGAUGCGAGCAUGACUCGAAACGACAUUUCUGCAAGGGAAUGUCUACGUGGGUAUGUGUCGCUAGGGAUUUACUUGCGCAAGAGUUGCGGUGCGGUUUGAGGUGGAAUAUUCACGGGAUUUACACGACGCAGGGAUGCGACGCUACUUGAUCUGCAGUACAUGGCGAUCUAUUUUUACUUAGGCAG